UAUUCUAUUGCGAUAAAAAGAGUUGGACGUCCAUAUUUUUCUUUUUACCGUACCCUUUUUUCCUUUCCGCCUCUGGCCGGCAGGGGUCCCCCUUGAGCCGCUCCCGCUCUGCGCCGCUGUAACGAGGCCAUGGCUGCCGCCACCGCCGCUGCUGCUGCCCGUGGAGGGCUUUGCGGGGCGAAGUUGGCGCGGCUCGUCCUGGGCAGCCGGACUGUUUCGACCGGCAGCUCCGCAGCCCCAACUCCCGAUGGGGAGCGCCAGCAGGAGCAGCAAGGGAAGCUCACCCGCGUGUGGCAGAGCGAAGGCAUCAGGAACAUUGUCCUCAACAACCCUGGGAAAAGAAAUGCACUCUCCCUCUCCAUGCUGAGGUCCCUCCGUCAGGAUAUUUUGCACAAUAUUGACAGCACGGAUUUGCGCGUCAUUAUCAUUUCAGCUGAAGGCCCUGUGUUCUCCUCUGGACAUGACUUGAAGGAAUUGACUCCGAAGGAAGACACAAAACAGCACAUGGACAUCUUCAAAACCUGUUCAGAGGUCAUGACCUUGCUCCCAAAGCUACCCGUGCCCGUGAUUGCCAAAGUGAACGGCCUUGCCACGGCCGCGGGUUGCCAGCUGGUGGCCAGCUGUGACAUUGCCGUGGCCAGCGAGAAGUCCAAGUUCGCCACCCCUGGAGUGAACGUAGGUCUCUUCUGUUCAACACCCGCGGUGGCCAUUGGAAGAUCCUUGCCUAAAAAGGUGGCGCUGGAGAUCCUCUUCACCGGCGUGCCCAUGGCAGCUCAGGAUGCCCUUCUCCACGGACUCAUCAGCCGAGUUGUACCGGAGGACCAGCUGGAAAGCGAGACCCUAAAAAUUGCCCAAAAGAUUUGCCAAAGUAGCCGGGCCGUGUUAGCUCUGGGGAAGGCCACUUUUUACAAGCAGAUGGAACGUGACAUUAGCACGGCCUACCAGAUAGCUUCACAGGUCAUGGUGGAGAACCUGUCUAUGAAGGAUGGGAAGGAAGGAAUUGAGGCCUUCAUUUCUAAACGCAAACCCAACUGGUUCCAUUCUUGAAAGAAACAUUUCCAAGGAACAUUCUAGGCCAGUGUUUCUCAACCGUGCCAACUUGAAGUUGCGUGGACUUCAACUCCUAGAAUUUCCCCCAGCCAGCCAGUUUUGGGGUUUCCCAAACCUGCUUUGGAAAAUUCUAGGACUUUCAGUUUGUUUUUUACAGGAUCCCUUAUCGGCCUACGAUUAUUGGUUUGCAAAGGGUCUUGCACUCGUGUCUGUCCUAAUCGGUUACUUCAGGCACUCUGAUCUGUGGGGGAAAAAAUGGCCUGUGUAUUUGCACAACACUCUUAACUAGCUGCCUUGAAGGUGCUGUAUUCGUACAAUAGGCUUAGCACAAUUUGGUUAUUUUCUUCUCAUUGGGUGGACUGUGUGAAUCCAGACCAUUGGAUUAAUAUAUGAUUUAAGGCAGUGGGUUUUCCCCCCAAAAAAAACUUGACAACUUGGUGUAGACUUCCCGUUGUGUAGAAUUGGCAAAAUGUGUGGAAUAUCCCAGAAUAUCCCAACUAGCACGCUAGGAAUUGAAAUCCUCACAUUUUAAAGUUGGCAAGUUUGAAAAACACUGCUUUAAGCUAUCAUGUGAAUCCUGAAAAUGUAUUAAUACAGUUAAGUAGAUUAGGUACAUUGUACAAAUUCACACACUAUAUUGUAUGGUGUUAAAAAAAAGCAGAGUUUCAUAGAUGCCGAAAUUACAAAGUCUACGUGUAUAUUACAUCGUUAUUAAUUUAAUGGUUACAUGUUACUUCAAUUAUAACAGACUGUGACUGAUGGUGCUAAACCAUUGUUUGCCUAAUCACAAUUUACUAAAUAAACCGCCAUAUCUGAAUGUAACUAGUAUAAUAAACCAAAAACUGGCCAAACA